AUGAAAGCUACAAUUUAUUUCCUACUAAUAGCUCUGGCGUGAACAUCGGCAUUAGCUGUUAAUGUUACAGAAGGCGCAGGGAUUGCCUUCCAUGUCCAGCAGAGCUUCUUUACUAACCUGAAGACAUCCUUGUUGGACGAAUACAUCAGGACUAUAGAGACAGGAAAGAUUGAAGACAUCUUGUUCUCCCAUGACUUUGGCAUGGGGGACUCUACCUUUUUCAAAGUGUUCCUAAAUCUGACCAAUAUGGAGCUGCAUGAAUUUGGACUUGAUACCAGUGCUAGUUAUCUCGAGCUCCACGAGGCAGAACCGAACUUGGAACUGUUCAUUUCAGAUUUAAACAUGAAAGCAACACUUGAUUUCCAUUUCGGAACAGAGCCAUAUUUCCUAGAUGAUCACGGUGAUGGUCAUUUCUACUUAGGAAAGACUUCCAUAAGACUUGGAUAUGCAAUUGAAAGAAUUAAUGGAAGACCAACAUUUGUUACAAAAUCUGCAACGGUGAACAGUGAAGACUUUUCACUAGUAUUAGAUGGAUCUGCUGAUUUUUCUAGAGUUAUCACUCAGAUGUCUGCAGCUCUUGAGCAACUUGUUAAAACAAAUAUUAAUGAUUAUAUUCUUGGUGUGGUAGAUGCAACGAUUACUCCUCUUAUUAACGGGGCUAUCACUAGUAAAUAUAAUCUUGAAUAUAAGAUUACUGAUGAUGUUGUAAUUGAUCUCUCAAGCAGCGUUGAUCCAAUAUUCACAGAUGAGCAUAUGUCAUUAUUCUUCAAAGCUGCAGCUAGACAAAUCAGCCAGGAUAGCCCUCCGUUUAGAGAAAACCUAAGAGUUCCUUCAGAAGUUGACACAUCAGGAAGACAACUCCAAAUUGGAAUUUCUGACUUUAUCUUCAAUUCAACACUCUAUUCUCUCUUUAAGACAGGAUUUUUGAAACUAGACACACAGAACUUUAAUGGAACAAGUUUCCCAGUACCAGCUUCAAACUUCUUUAUAAUUUUCCCAACUCUUGCUGAAAAGUAUGGAGCAGAAGAUGAUGUCUUCUUCAGAAUCACAGUACAAGAAACAGUGAAUCCCCCAUAUGUAGAGAUUGUUGAUGGGUAUCUCCAUGCCUACCUUGACUGAGAGAUUGAGAUGUACACUAAGAGAGAAUCUCUUCUAACAUUGCAGGUUGACUCUUAUCUUGAGCUUGAUGCUUACAUUGUAAAAGGCUUCCUUCUCACCUUGGAUUUGAGACAGUUCAGACUCAGAGUCAGAGAAAUCACUCAGAACAAUAUCGACCCAAAUCUUGAUAAUAGGGAUAUAGCAGCAUUCUUUGGUCUGUUUUCAGGAUUUUUCAGGAAUUACGUGAACCAAUUUGUCAAAAACUUCGAAGUAAGACUUCCAGUAGGAGAUAGCAUUGAUCUCAGCCAAGUUUCUAUGUACACCAGAGAUUUCUACAUUUAUGCAGAUAUCACCCCAUAUUUUAGAUAA